AAGACAAAAAUGUGCCCACGUUGACCGAAGCCGUAAAAGAGUUGAAACCAAACGACCUUAUCGAAUUUUUACGGAGGGAGAAAGACUUACAGCUUGACGAGGAUGACUUAUUUUCAAGCCGGAAACCUUACGUUGGUGAACCGGAUUUUACAUGUUACCACAAUAAUGAUUUGGUCAUGGUUUUUGAAGUUAAGAGAAAGCAUAUUUUGAAAGAAAUGGGUGAAAGGACAUUACCAGAGCUUUACAUAACAAACGAUAAAGCCAAGAUGGUGAUCCGACAAAUAUAUGGUUAUAUGGUAAAAAAUCGGCUUCAAUAUGAUCAACAAGAAAACCAAAUAUUUAUUGAUCAAUUACAAGAAAAAGGAAAGAAGCAUAAAAAAAUUACUAGACCACUUGAUAAGAAAGAUGAUAACCAUUUGUACAAACAUCAAUGUCAAGAUGAAGGACUAUUAGAUUUGAUCGAGGUUUUAGAUGAUGAAGAACUCUUCGUUGAAUGGAAGUUUGAUACACUAAAACCAAAUUGGCUAGAUAAAAUAGUACAUGAGCAUGAUUCAUUAAUUUACAUUGCCUUUAAUUGUAAUAAUAAAAUGACUUAA